UGGAAAUUCAUAUGAAACGGUGUAAUAAAACUUCGUGGGUGCCAUCAGGCGAACAAAAAGAUAAUGUCAUUCGAAUAGACCCACACCACUCAUCAUAUGACACCGCUGGCGGUGAACGCGAGAUUUAUAGAAUCUCACCACAUUCCUAAUCGUGCCUAAAGCCACUUGCAUAUAAGAGCGACUGUCCAACCAAAGAGUUGCUGAGCAAUUGAAAUAACUACACCUUGUACGUUUUCGUUGCGCGAUCCCCUUGCCGCCAGAUCUAACAGUUAACACGUCAGUGCAACCAUGAUUCCUUUUGUACUUGCCGUUUCCUUGUUCCUUGCGUUCGGCACGGGAGUUAGCGCAUCCUGCGAAGCCUGUCCUAAUUGCGAUUAUGAGCAAAUCAGUGUAUCGCAGGGGGAUGCAUGUCUUAACUACUGGACGUGCUCAGGCGAUACCAUCACGUGCUAUUACCCUUCUGUUGCAAAUCCGGGAACGUUCAACAACUGCUCAUACAGUGAACCGAACGUAAGAUUGGCCACUCGUAGCUGGCCCCAGCGAAAUCUGUUUCCCAUAUGCGGGACUCAACUCAAAAUGUGAACCUGGGAAUGACCCUUACAACCUUGGCACCUCAGCUUGCACCGCUUCAUACGGGUAUGUCGGUGGGGUGAACAGUGGACU